AUGGCGAGUCUCCGCCGCUUCUUGCACCCCGACGCGCCUCCUCCCACGCCCUGGACGACGGAAAAUCCACCUACGCAGCACCAGAGCGAGUCCUACUACGCGUCUCCAGCCACACACGCGCACAGAGAGCGCGCUGGGACGGCUCCGACGCCGCAGCAGAGCCAAGAGACGGAUGGCGCGUUUUCCGCCUCGAACUCGCGCGUUUCAAGCUUUUCUCGGCGAUUUUUUGAGCGCGCAAGCGGUCGCUCGUCGUCUUCGUCGUCGUCUUCUUCUGGUGGUGACGACGUGGAAGGUGGUCUGAUGACGUCCACAAGCUACUUUCGACCACGCACGAUGGAUGGCUACACUCGGUACCUCGAAGCUGCUUUUAUGGAAGGAAUGCUGGAAAAACAGAGCUCGGAAGACCUCAAGCUCUGGAAAAAGCGGUGGUUUGUCAUGCGAGAGAGCAAACUCUUUUAUUACAAGGCAGAGAGUGAUGUGACGGAGCAAAAACCGACGGACGAAGCGUGUUGCGGGGUCAUUUCGAUGGAAAAUAUCGACUCGGUGACGACAGCGAAGGAUUUUGGUGCUGCUGCGUUUCAGAUCCGGAUGGAAAGUAGGCGUUAUGUGCUACGUGCUGAGUCAAAAGAUAUGAUGCACGAGUGGCUGUUUAACUUUCAAAAAUCAAUCGCAAGUAUAGUGUCGGCUCUGUCGCGAACGCAGGCAGAACAUCGACCGAUUGGACUAUGCAACAGUUUAUCGAGAAGACAGAGCAUGCCCCGCGUCAGUCGCAGCGUCUCGUUCGACUAUCAGGACCAGUUUCCCAUUGCAGCCUCUGGCGAUGACCUACAUCGCGGCCGCGCAAGCUGUGGACUUUUUGCGUCAACGAGCUUUUCUGACGAAUCAACAGGUGGUGACGGCUCUUCGUCUUCGCGAGCUAGCCCUCGGCUCGCCACUAGCCCGUUAGGGUUUGGUGGGUUCGGACCACGAAGCCCACUGAUGUUUGCCUUUGAUCCGAUGGAUGACUUGCCGGAGCACCACACUUCUCCAUUACGGCGAAGCUCAAUCGUCGAAGGGAAAGAUGAUAGCUUCGGCUUUGGUGAUGGACGCCUGCACCCCAGAGAUCAGUGGGAGGAUGAAGGCGAGGAAGUCAAAGCUACGGAAUGUACUACUGAUACACCGUCGAUGGGACGACCGUCACCACCUCCAAUUGUUACAGGCAAAUACAUUCCCCGAUACCUUCGAAAUCGGAGUGCUGCAGAGCCAACUUCUCCACCAUCUAUCCCAGUUGAUUUGUGUUCACCACCAGAUCCAGCACCUACUCCUACCGCCAGCCGUUGGGUGCCUCGCCACCAACGUGAAGGGUACGCCGAGAUGCAGCCUAUCGAGUCGUUCUCGAUCAACUCUCGAGACUCCUUUCAUGAGACUUUCCACGAGGAUAGUUCGAGCUAUUCUACCGGCGAUGAUGUUCAUGGCGUGACAUCACUGUUAGGGGGUGCGAUCAUCGAUGGAAGAUAUCUGCUGUUGCAUCCCAGACCUUAA